AUGAGAGGCGACUUGAGACGGGCUGAUGUUUUCUUCUCCAACUUCUGUCAACAAAAUCUCACAUGUGUCAUCCAAUUGUUUAGCUAUUAAUUAAAAAUUAUUCGUAUUUUGGAAUUUGUGGGGUUAUCAAAUCUAACAGUUUGAUAAGUAUCUGUAAACAUGUCAUCCUUUGGGGCCAGCAUGGAGACUUCGCCUCGACCUAUGAAUACCGUCGUGGAUGUCGCAAUUCUCCAAAAACUGGCGCAUAAGGAUAUUGUCGCACUGUUACAAAAAUGUCAAGGAGAUAAGGCCUUAGUAUGGGACCGGGCUUUGGCCAACCCAAUGAAUCUGAUAUUGAAACAUUCAGACCUUAAAGAACAAGGAGUCGUCAGAAUGUUGUCGCUCGAACAAGGGCAAAUCCCUAGUACAGAUAUGCCAGAAACGAUCAUAUUCAUUUGUCGUCCGUUAGUUCAUCUGAUGAAGUUGGUGGAAAGUGCGAUUCGAAAAGAGGAAAGUGCUCGACGAAGGAAACGGUUUCACUUGUUCUUUCUCCCAAGAUCUUCUACAUUAUGUGUUAAAUGGUUAGAGGAUCAAGGAGUCAUUUCUAGUCUGCAGUCUGUCGAAGAACUUCCAAUUUUCCUCUUUCCUUUGGAUAAAGAUGUGAUAUCUAUGGAACAAGAAUAUGCUUUCAAAGAUUUCAAAUUGGACGUGGAUCCUACAGGAUUAUACCAUGUGGCCAAAGCUAUAGUUUAUCUGCAAAAAACGUACGGCGUACCUUCAAGAGUUUUUGGUCUGGGUCAUGCCGCAAAACAAGUCCAUGAACUUAUUCAUUCCGUUAAGUUAGAGAGUGGAGCAUUUAAACCUCAGGUUUCUGGAACAACUAUUGAUUGUUUAUUCCUAAUUGAUCGCGAGGUAGAUUUACUUUCUCCCGUAGUCACCCAGCUAACUUAUGAAGGAUUGAUAGAUGAAUUUUAUGGAAUCAAUAACAAUCAAGUGAAAUUUCCCGAGGAAAAGUUUGGUGAAGCAAAAACAAUGCUUCUCAACUCGACAGAAAAUUUGUACGUUGAGCUUCGAGAUAAAAACUUUAGUGCAAUUGGUGGAGUCCUUCGUUCUAAAACUGCAGAGAUUCAAGAGAUUUUCAGACAGAAGGAGAGAGGAGAAAUGACCAUGGGGGAAAUGAAAAGAUUGGUGCAACAGUUGCCGGCUGUGAACGCAUUAAAGCAGUCAUUAUCAGACCACACUUCCGUUGCGGAACUGAUCAAGGCUAAAACCGAAACGGAGGAGUUUCUAAGCAGUUUGGAAUGCGAGCAGGAACUUCUUAGUGGAAUUGAUACAGAAAAGUUGAAUACCCACAUUGAAUAUCUGUGUGGGAAGAAAGCUCCACUGAAUACGGUUCUGCGUCUUCUUGUCAUCCAAAGUAUUACUAGUGGAGGGUUAAAAGUAAAAAUCAUGCAACAUUACGAAAGGCUACUCAUUCAAAAUUAUGGAUUCGAACAUUUCUUGACGAUCCAAAAACUUUAUCAAUUGGGACUAUUGCGAAGCCAAUCCUCUGCCCAGGCUACGGGAAGCAGAUAUUCUGUGCUCAAGCGUGCCCUCCAACUUUUUCGCAAUGAUGUCUCGGAAAUAAAACCGGACGAUUUCACAUAUGUUCACAGCAUAUACGCUCCUUUGAGCAUUCGCCUAAUUCAGCACAGACUUCGACCUCCACUUUGGGCAACCCUGAAAGACUCGAUUCAGACCUUAUUGCAAAAACCCGUGAUAGAUGAGGAGUCAGAGAUUCCUCCGAUCGGUGGAAAUCUAUCAUCUGCAAAACGGCAACCUAAAUUCAUCAUUGUCGUUUUCAUUGGUGGUUGUACUUUUGCCGAAAUUUCUGCCUUGAGGUUCCUUGCUCAACAAGAUGAUGAACGUGAAUUUCUAGUCGUGACUUCAAAAAUUAUUAAUGGAAAUUCAUUUCUCAAUUCUCUAUUAGAACCAUAAAUAAGAACAAAUUAAGGCUAUUAUUUAUUUUAUACGUAUUUUAUCAUGCUGCUUUACCCGGUAUUUGUUUUUCACAGCGUUAUGAUAAUAAAAUAAAUAUAUUUAUGGAAACGUU